CGGGUACUACUAUGGCAAAACAAAAAACAUAGUGCGGGUAUUAGAAAAAUCACUAAUCCAUGUAAUUUAAGAAGCACAUUCCCCGCAAAAAAAGGACCCAAUCCUCCUCGGCCCGCCUCAUUUUCCCCUUCUCCUAUUUCUUUGGCUUUCUCCCCAACCAACGCUCACAAAAAUGGAUAGGGUAUUCUCAGUGGACGGGAUCUCCGACCAAUUCUGGUCUCCGCCGUCUCCUCCUCCUCCCCCGCCGCCGCCAGAUCAUUCUCACCACCACCGUGCUCCGCAGCCGCCUCCGAUCGGCGGAUCUUCCAAGAUGAACCGCAGCGCUUCCGAAUGGGCAUUCCACUGCUUCCUCCAGGAAGCUAAUUCCGCCCCCGUCGCGUCCGACUCCUCGCUUCAGUCUUCCUCAGCUCAACGAAGCGACGUCGUUGAGAUCAACGAUCGGAUUGAGCACUCUUCCUCCAGCGCCAAUGCGGACGGGAGCGCUCCGGCGGAUUCCGUGGAGUACCACGCUUUUCUCAAGAGCAAACUCAACUUGGCUUGUGCCGCCGUCGCCUUGUCCAGGGCAUCUUAUCUGAAACCUCAAAACUCCUCCGUUAGAGCUGAUAGUGGAUCACAAGCUUCAAACACUUCACAACUGGGAUCACAUGCUCUUUCCAAAGGUGGACAGGAUUUGUUAGGCCCGUUUGAUAAGGACAGGGAUGAACCAGUUGAAAUCCCAUCCUUAGUACCUUUCACACAGAAGAAGCCUGCAUUUGUUCUGAAGUCGACAACCAGUGGGUCGUCGAGGGAUCAAUCGGAUGACGAUGAAAACGAAGGAGAAACUGCAAAUGUUGACAAUGCGAAUCCUAGCGAUGUGAAACGUGUUAGGAGGAUGCUGUCUAAUAGAGAGUCUGCCAGACGAUCCAGAAGAAGAAAGCAGGCUCAUUUGACUGAACUUGAGACGCAGGUUUCGCAACUAAGAGUUGAAAAUUCCUCUCUGUUAAAACGUCUCAACGACAUAAGCCAGAAGUACAAUGAAGCAGCUGUAGACAACAGAGUCCUAAAAGCAGAUGUUGAGACAUUGAGAACAAAGGUGAAGAUGGCUGAGGAGGCGGUCAAAAGGAUUACAGGUUUAAACCCGAUGUUCCAGGCGCUGCGGGAGAUGUCUACCGCGAGUAUGCCAUCAACUGCUUCUGACACUUCAGCAGAUGCAGCCGUUCCUGUUCAAGAUGAUCAUCAAAAGCAUCCGAAUGUUUCUCGCCAUGAAAAGAAACCUGCCGCCAAUGGCAUGUCAGAUGUUUCUUCAGUUGAAAAUGGACACCUAGAUGAUGGAGCUCGAGCAAAAGGAGCAAUAACAGGCAACAAGAUUGGCCGAACAGCUUCUCUGCGUCGGAUUGCUAGCUUGGAGCAUUUGCAGAAAAGGAUCCGCGGUUGCGAAGAACUCAGUUGAGCUUCCUGCCAUUUAUAAAGUGUAUUUAAGUCU